AUACAAUCCAAUAAUUUAUUCUCAGACACUUCAUUCAUUGAGGAAGUUAUUUUUUUGUCUUUUUUUUAGUUCUAUAUUUAGUGGUCAUGUGAGAUCUUCUCUUCCACAACUCCCAACUCCAUCAACGCUCUCUUGAUCCUUCCUUUUGUGUGUUCCUUCAGACACUAGGCAAUAAGCUUUAACGGCAUCAAGAAAACGGGCGUUAGUGUUCACUGUGAGAAAAUGCCUUGUCUUUACAUUACUACAAACGUCAAUAUGGACGGCGUUAACACCGAUCCGUUCUACUCGGAAGUCACGGAAGCCGUCGCUUCCAUAAUCGGACGGCCUCAGAACUUGGUGAUGGUGGUGUUGAAGGGGUCAAUAGAGAUAGUGUUCGGUGGGAACAAAGAAGCAGCUGCAUAUGCAGAGAUUGUGUCGAUGGGAGGCAUCACCAAACAAGUUAAGAGACAACUCAUCUCGACCGUUGGUUCCAUUCUUCACACUCAUUUUUCUAUUCAUCCCACUCGUUUUAUCUUUAAGGUUUUUGAUAUCACAUCUUUGCCUCUUCCUUCUAAACUAUAGUUUUAUGAUCUUUAUAUUGUUCAUCGAAUACAGUCACAUCUUUUUUUUUAAUUAAUUUUGUUUCUAUGUUUACAAGCUUAAAUAUACUAUUAUACAAUUUAUACUAUAUAUAUCAUUCAAUA